UUCAAGUACCUGCGCAUGAAGCAUCUGAGAAAUGGAAGGAUUUGUACCCAUGUUUCCCAGGCUUCCCAUGAGGGGUUUCGGAUUCCUGUUCUUGUUCCGUACAGACAUCUAACAUUGGCCUGAGAGUAGCUGGUUAGAUUGGGCUGACGCAGCGCGAUGUCUUGGAUGUCUAGCCCCCAUGUUACAUCUGGAUCGGCGUGCCUUUUAGGGCGACGCUAUAUCAACACCAUCUCCACAACUCAGACCCCCAUUACUUCGACCAUUGGACUGUUUAUUCACCGGUGUAUUCCGAAAUCCCUGAUAUAUAAGAAAAAACCACGCAAUAUAGUGCGAUAUUGGUGUCCAGUCAGAAGCAUCACGCUAAAUCUUGAAUCCUGUAUCGUACCAUCCGCAGAUAAUCUCUGCCAUCCCUCGUCAGGCUGUCUCGCGGCUUCCAGGUGGCAAGUUCAUUUAAUCCUCUAGAUAGCUCGAGAGUACUACAGUAUCCCCAAAGUAGAAACCAGGGGGUUUCGGCUCGGGCCCUCAACCGGCGAGUCCGCCCGAAGUACCCAUUUUUCCGCGGUGGGCGCAGCCAUGAGGCUGAAUUAGAGUCAGGGAUUAUGU